UUUUGGUUCUCAAUACAAAAUAAAUACAGCUGUUUCGGUAUUUAUAGUUUUCCGUGGGUUUACGACCUAUUAAUUUAGAUUCGCAGUGAUUCCCUUUAGAACAUUAUUUCUGAGAGUUAAUGCUACAUAACUUAAUCCUUUAAUGGCUAUCCUAACACCUUCCCGUGUUUUUUAAUACUCCAAUCGUCUGACCGCCAUUGAAGUUCGGUUGUUAUUAUCAGUGAAUUCUGCAGUUUGACUUGUCGUUUCAUUUUCAGUAAUCGCAGUUUAGUUUUGAUUAACAAUUUUAUCGUAUUAUAGUAGUAGCGAAUCGCGCCUUGUAUAGAACUCAUACUCCCGCAGGCAACCGUUCUCCUGUUUCUACUUUUGUUUUUACUGAGUGGCAGUUUUGCACCUUCGAUUUCAAUACCGACCUCAUGACACAGUUUCGUUGUUGAUCUGGAUGGAUAGCUCCAAAUGAGAGAUACUUGAAUCAGAUUGGAGAGACUUUUCCGACACUCAAGAUCAGUGUCAAGAGUUAGACAAGCACCAGUUCAUCCAGAAUAACAACGGGCACCUAUGAAUUGGAAAAGAGAAUCGCGACCGAUCGAAAAGCGCAUGACGUCAUCUCAUCGUCAACGGCUUCAUGAAUCUCCUCGCGUCGGGAUGCUUCAAUUUUUCUAGUCACAUUUUUUCCCCCGUUUUUUUUUUCUAGAGAAAAUAGAAAGUCAUAUCUAAUCUUGUAACUUCGUCGCGGGCUACGAAUAGUUUUUUCCUCCCUUCUCUAGAAGAAGCUACAGAGUUCAACCGUUGUUAGUUUCGUUAGAUCGAGAAAUUUUAUUUUAGCCGUUCAUCGCGAUAGUAAUCAGUGAUUCCGGAGUGUUGGCGCCAGUGACGUCAGGAAUUUCAACCAGUGACGUCAGGAAUUUCAACCAGUGACGUCAGGAAUUUCCGCGAGUGACGUCGAGAAUUUAUUUUCGCGAGUUUUUCGUUUUGUGAAUGCUCGCGCGGCGACUGGCCCCGCGCGCGAAGCGGUUGUCGUCGGCCGAUGAGCUAACAUCGACUACUCUAUGUUGAUACGGCCGGAACCUCGGUGGGCUCAAAAUGGACUUGAAACAUGAUACAGCGUACAUGCGGGGGGGCCCGGGCCCUGGGGACGGGAUCAAGAGCGAGUCGCGGGUCCACUCGCCGUGCUUCGGGGCCCCGGAGAUCUCGGUGGGGCGGCCGCUCAGCGUGGUGGCGAGCAACGGGCUCUUCAGCGGCCUCGGGAGCAGCAAGACGCUCCGCUCGGACGACUGGCUCUCGACGGCCCACUCGCCCAACAGCCAUUCCCACUCCGGCCAUAACCACAAUCCUACCUCGCAAACUUCCGUACCUCUCACCCCCUCGCCAGGACCCCCCGCCAACCAGUUCACCGUCAUCUCCUCCAAUGGAUACUCAUCCCCCAUGUCUUCGGGCAGCUACGACCCUUAUAGUCCCACCAAUGGAAGAAUAGGGAAAGAAGAGCUUUCGCCGGCGAAUAGUUUGAACGGGUACAGCGUGGAUAGCUGCGAUGCGUCGCGGAAGAAGAAGGGAGGCACGGGUCGGCAGCAGGAGGAGCUGUGUCUCGUCUGCGGGGACCGCGCCUCCGGCUACCACUACAACGCCCUCACCUGCGAAGGCUGCAAGGGCUUCUUCCGUCGGAGCAUCACCAAGAAUGCCGUCUACCAGUGUAAAUAUGGAAAUAAUUGUGAAAUCGACAUGUACAUGAGGCGAAAAUGCCAGGAGUGUCGUCUCAAGAAGUGUCUCAGCGUUGGCAUGAGGCCAGAAUGUGUAGUUCCCGAAUUCCAGUGUGCUGUGAAGCGAAAAGAGAAAAAAGCGCAAAAGGACAAAGAUAAACCUAACUCAACGACGAGUUGUUCUCCAGAUGGAAUCAAACAAGAGAUAGAUCCUCAAAGGCUGGAUACAGAUUCGCAGCUAUUGUCUGUAAAUGGAGUUAAACCCAUUACUCCAGAGCAAGAAGAGCUCAUCCAUAGGCUAGUUUAUUUUCAAAAUGAAUAUGAACAUCCAUCCCCAGAGGAUAUCAAAAGGAUAGUUAAUGCUGCACCAGAAGAAGAAAAUGUAGCUGAAGAAAGGUUUAGGCAUAUUACAGAAAUUACAAUUCUCACUGUACAGUUAAUUGUGGAAUUUUCUAAGCGAUUACCUGGUUUUGACAAACUAAUUCGUGAAGAUCAAAUAGCUUUAUUAAAGGCAUGUAGUAGUGAAGUAAUGAUGUUUAGAAUGGCAAGGAGGUAUGAUGCUGAAACAGAUUCGAUAUUGUUUGCAACUAACCAGCCGUAUACGAGAGAAUCAUACACUGUAGCUGGCAUGGGUGAUACUGUGGAGGAUCUGCUCCGAUUUUGUCGACAUAUGUGUGCCAUGAAAGUCGAUAACGCAGAAUAUGCUCUUCUCACUGCCAUUGUAAUUUUUUCAGAACGACCAUCUCUAAGUGAAGGCUGGAAGGUUGAGAAGAUUCAAGAAAUUUACAUAGAAGCAUUAAAAGCAUAUGUUGAAAAUCGAAGGAAACCAUAUGCAACAACCAUUUUUGCUAAGUUACUAUCUGUUUUAACUGAACUACGAACAUUAGGGAAUAUGAAUUCAGAAACAUGCUUCUCAUUGAAGCUGAAGAAUAGAAAGGUGCCAUCCUUCCUCGAGGAGAUUUGGGAUGUUGUUUCAUAAACAGUCUUACCUCAAUUCCAUGUUACUUUUCAUAUUUGAUCUAUCUCAGCAGGUGGCUCAGUACUUAUCCUCACAUUACUGAGCUCACGGUAUGCUCAUACAAUUAUAACUUGUAAUAUCAUAUCGGUGAUGACAAAUUUGUUACAAUAUUCUUUGUUACCUUAACACAAUGUUGAUCUCAUAAUGAUGUAUGAAUUUUUCUGUUUUUGUAAAAUUUCUCACUCCCUCGUAAUGUCAAAAACAUUGCCUUCAGAUCUACCUGUCUUUACUAUUUCUUCUUUUGUUGCAUAAUAAGAAGCACAUAAUGAUUUUGUUAGGUACUUUAAUUAGUAAAAUAUGAAAACAGGUUUAAUAUCCCUAGUAUCUGAUCAGCUCCUCAGCCAAUAGCUGCAGUUAUCCACCUUCUUACUAAGGUUUAGAUGUUUUACGCUUUUAACCGGUCAUCAAUUAUAAGUCGUUUCUGACUUAGGUAUUCAUUUCUCAACAAUUGAUUUUUGGAUUUGAUUCAUUAUCGGUUUUUUUUUAAACUUACAAUUGGAAAGAUAAAAUUUGAUUGAGUCCAAUUCAACUUUUUGGAAUGUUAGAUGAUAAUUUUUCAAAAAAGUUUUUCAGAGUUUUUUAAGUAUUAGAGCAUUGAAAUAAGAAAUAAGAAAAUCCCACAUCCAAAGCUCUCCCUUUUCUGCCGACAUUAAUGUAUUCAUUCACUAUGACUCUGCAUAAUUUGUCUACUUUUUGCCAACUCCGUAGAGACCUCAAAAGAGAAUUCGUUUUUCAUAAUAUUCAUUCUUGGUAAGGUAGUUACCUACUCACUUACUUAAACUAAAUUUAAGAUGGCGUUUAUGUUAUGUUCAUGAAAUAAUGUACUUAUUAUGUGCAUAACGCUUUCGUAAAUUUAUGUGUCAUUCGCUUUUAUUAAAAAGUUAGAGAAUAAUCACUUUAUUAAAAUUAUUUGCCAAGUCAUUAAGUGUUAAUAUUUUUCUUAGAAAAUACAUUUAAUUUGGGAGUUAUAACUACCUGUUUUGGAUUCUUGACUGGCUCUUGGUGAUGAAGUUAGAACUUGCGCCAGAUAAGUUUGCAGUUGUUGACUUUCUGUUUGCAACUGACUGCUUUGCAGUCGUCUGAUAGGCAUUGAGGAUUGACCAUGGUCAACACCGCUGCUGUGCGCAGAAACUUAAAUUGGUCUACUCUAUAAGACAUUAGUCAAAAGUAAACAACUACCAACUUAACUUACAUUAUGCAAGUUCUAGUAAGGUGUAUCAUACACACGUAUAUUGAUGCUUACUUUCUUAACUGUUCGUAAUUGUAUGCAUGCUCUCGUAUUUAUGUGUACUAUUUAAUAUAUUAACAUUACCUCCUUAAAUCAUGAUUAAACCUUCCACAUACCUAUAAGAAAGGUUAAGUAACUCGCUGUGUCACCACAUUAUUGUUUUACUUGAGAGGAAGUAAAAUUAAUCGCCAGUUUUCUCGUCAUCUUCUAAAAUUUCUGGUGAGAUAUUUCAAAUAUGAAGAGAUUUUUAUUUUUUCAAAUUAUGUGAUUCGCCUCAUUAUUACUAUUAUUACUUGCUGUGAAUUCUUCUAAUAUGAAUUUCUUGAUCUUUUUUUGAAGGACAAGGACUCUAGUCCUUCAGUGACUCGGUAUGGUCUUGGAAAGCCUUUAACUUCACUUCAAAUCUGUCAAAGGUCAAUGUUUUGAUGUGCAUGACUUUUAGGGACUCACUUGAUUUUACACUAUGUUCCUGUUUCUACUACAUACAUCAAAUCCAUGCUCAAGGUUGUAUUCAUAGUCGUUUCUCAAAAAUCUCUUUCCUUAGGGAAGCCUCAUGUAGUUCCCAUUACGACUAGGGGAAAUUCAAGGUAGCCUUCAACAUACAUAACAUCACAAAAAGGAAAAUUUUGGUCAGCUUUGAGUAAAAUUUAGGAGUAUAACUUAGAAAAUUGCAGCCCUUGCAUGGGCUAUAAUGAUUGGCCACUGCAAAUGGUGCAAUAUACGGAAGAAUAAAUUUUAUGAUAUUGACAAACUCGAAGGUAGGCACUGAUCUACCUUAAAAUUUGCAAAACUUGCUGUAUUUGUGUUGUGUUAAAUUGUCCUAAUCUCUCGCUAGGAUCCAUUUCUAAAGUUAUAUUCUGGAAUUUCACUCAAGGCAUGUAAAAAUUGUCCUUUUUAUGAUGCCUUAGUAAAGACCUCCUCAAAGCUCCCUUAGUCUACUAGAAACCAUGUGGGGAAUAUCUGAAGAAAGGAGCUGUCUGAGGACCGACCGUGAGUUUAGAGCUCAGCCUUAGUAUCACUCUCACUCUCUUAAUUUUUAUUUAUGUCGCUUCCCAUAGCUGCUCUGCUUUGAAAUGCUUGUUGAAAACUUUUUUCCCAUCAAUUUUUACUAUUUUUUUUAUUUAUUUAUUUAUUUUUAAUUAUUUUUUUUCCAAUACUCAAAACAUCUGUAUAGAUCUACAUUUUAGAUUUUCUUAAAUGAACUUCAGAGAUUAAGACAUCAUAUCGAAACUUUUUGGUAGUCCUCAUACUAGUGAAAUUCUAGUUCUAGACCUCCAUAAAAAAUGUAUAACUGACCAUCCUUCCAGUGUCGUUUCAUUUUGUACAAGAUUAAUUUCUCUCUUAAGUUUUUGAAGUGGGAUUUAUAAGAUAAUUCGAAAGCCUCUUUAGUUGUUUUCAUAAAAGUAGCCUUCAAAGAGUGGAAUUGUAGUAGAAAAAUGAAGAAAAAUUGUGAGCUGACAAUUGCUGGUACCUUAAUGUAAUACCUUUUAAAAAAAUCCUAGAAUAGAAUCUUCUCGUAUCAUUUUAUUUUGGUUUGUUUUGCCUUUGAAAGCAAAGCACCAGCGUCACCCAGUUUUGUUCCAUGUAGUAUGAGUUUGCGUGAAUCGCACUUUCCGUACAUUUUGCGACAAUUUUUUUAAUGUUAUAUUUUACAAUGCAUUUCAGUGUCAAAGAAAAAUCUUAUGUCUUGCACAUUAGACUAUUUACAUGUAAGAUGUUUUGUUCAGUACAGUAGGGAUGCAUUUCAUCGUGGAGCAAGUAUGGUUUAUGUCCCUUUCAAUAAAAUGGGACAAAAAGAUAAGCAGUCAUACGUUAUAUCAAUAAUUUAACUUAGUUUUAACAUCAUCACACUCUCGCAGAUCUAAAAAAUGUGAAUCGGUCAGUUUCCUUGUGAUGUUAUUUAAAUAAAUUUACUUCCUCUCUUUAAUAUAUCUUAUUGUGAGGCAAGUGAGUCCCCUCGAACAUGAUUGAUGAAAAAAGCUUUGAACCUUUGCAGUAUCUGAAUUCUGGAAAUAUACUUUCAGAACUGCCUGAUUUCAGUUUUUUUUAUUAAGGACUAUUUUGUGAAUAUACUGAAAGGUCAGGAACAUUGAUUCAUAACCAAGAUAGCAAUCAAUACUCAAGUUACUAACAGAAUCUGAACAUUCAAGUUAGUGAUAAACCACUAUAAAAUACUGCCUUGCCGAGGAUAAACGCCGCAUGAACUUUUGGAUGUUUACAAAUUUUCUUUGAUGAAACACCAAUUUUCAUGAAAACUUGUGAAUAUGUUUCUUCAAAUCUCAAUUCGAUCAUGUGAUAAUUUGAAUGAGUAGUAUUCAAAAGUUCUCUUAAUAAAUAUUGUUUCAUUAGAGGAGAUUCAGCAACAUCCAAAUGUAUACACAUCAUUUUUUUUAGCACGGCAGAAUAGGUCUUAAUACAAGGAUAGAGCCUUGUUUUAUUUGCUCUUUUUCCUUUUUUCACUUCUUUUCAAACUUACUCUUAAUUUUUGUCCCACUUACUAGGAAGAUUUUAACUAUCACUGCUAUUAUUCUCGUUCAUAAUAUUUUCUUUUUAUUUUUAAUUUAAUUGUAACUAUUCUGAAAUUUAUUUUCAAGUAAAUCAUUGAUUGUACCCUUAAAAUUAAAAAUGAAUGUAUGGCAGUAAUAUUGUAAUAAUAGUAAUAAUUUUGUGUUAUGAUAUACAUGUUCAUAUGUGUAUCAGCUUGUACUUUACUUUAUAAAUACAUUUAUAUAGGCCUUUGUGAAUAGUUUUGUGAAUGUAAACAGUGAUCUUAAAAAAAAUGUACAGGCUUCGUUUGAGGGAACUGAUUUUUGAGAAUGAGGUGUUCCUCUUUGUGAGUGAGUUAACCCCACCAAAGAGGCUCAUUGGAGAGUACCUGUCGGGUAAAAGAACUUCUUUUUUUUAUUUUUAUUUCAUUCCCCUUGUAAAGUCAUGUUUUCAAUUUUCAACGCUUUUCUCCCCUUCUAGACUUUUUUCUCUUUUUCAAGAAGCCAUUGAACGUUUUAAACCAUGAUUAACGUUUGCUGUUUAAGUACAAUUAAAACUAUUGUUCUACAAAAAAGUCUUAGAUACUCAGAAAAAAUUCAAAACAUUUUCUUAGUCUUAAUGAAUUUUUGUAGGUUUGUUGGUUGAACGUUUUUCUUUAACAAAUUUCACUAAUAAGCUAAAUUUAUUUUAAAAACUGCAAUUUUUUUCCAUAAUUAUUUGUAUCUUCAUCUGAAUUUACUUAUGCAUAAGGAGCUCUAUCAUUGCCCUGUUUAAAAAAAUCAGUCCUCCAAGCCUUAAAUAAUAAAUUCUUAGAAAAUAACUUUAAUUGAAUGUGCAAAAAAAGGAAGAAAAUAUACUUCUCAUCUACCUAAUUUACCAUUGGCACUGUUUCAUGUCCAGAUUUGUAAAUUUGUUUAUUUUUUACUUUCAAUAUCUUAUUUUAUGAUAAUUUUUUCUUUCUUUUUUUCUCUUUUUUUUAAAGAACUAAUUGCAUAUUUGUUGGCAGUAAUUUUUGCAAGGAAAAAUAUGUUUUUAGUUUAUGAAUUGUUGUAAUUCAAAUGGAAACUUAUGUUCCUCAUUAAGUUAUAAACAAAUUAUCGAUUUUUUUUUUUUUUUCAUUUUUGGAGAAAUUUUCAUUCUGUGUGAGGCCUAGAUUUUUAUUUCCAUCAUCCAGUCAUGAAAAAACAGGGAAAUUAUGUCUUAAUUCUUUGACUUCUUUUGCUUGCUGUGCAGGAGCUUAAUCGAUUUAUCACCUAUCAUUUUCAUGCUUUUCUUUAUUCUGAAAGAGUUUAAAUUUUUUCUCGUCUGAUACAAAAAAUGUAUAUGUGUUGGUGUGUAUCUAUUUCAGUAAUAUGAAGUCAUCUCAGGCUAUACCUCGCAAAGUCUAAGAAGUCACCCCCCUCCCCCACCCCUCUUUCUGCUUGAAAAACUAUGUCUUGUUAUGUCCUGUCAAAAAAUCUGUGCAAUAAUUUAAAAGGCAUCGGUCCAUUUUCAUUCCCCAGAAGAUCUAAAAAUGUACAAAACUCUGCCAUGCUUCAAUAUCAUAUUUUCUCCAACAGCAAAAGUAUUGACAUUAAGUUUUCUCAAGGGGAAGCAAAGAUUCCAUCCGACUCAAAAGAAAAGUGCUCAAUAUUUUUACGGUGAUGAUAAAACGUUAAAUUAGUUAAACUUGUGGCAAAGAAAACAAUCGCAGGUGGUUGUCAGAACAUGUAAAAAAAUGCACUUUUGUUGAAGUAAAUUGACAGUAAAUUGACAUGAAUGCGAAAAAUUGCCUUUCUAGUAAGUAAUGCAGUUUCAUCAGUUCCUGUCAAGCGCACUAAACGCAGAAUUUGAUUUCAAUACAGGUCACAAAAUAUUUUUUUGUAGUGUUUCGGCAGCCUCUUCUAUUAUUCAUUUAGAGUGAAAAGUAGGCUUCAGGAAACCCAAAAAGUAGACACUUGUUCCACCCCCCCCCCCUUAAUCCCUGAAAAUGAGGAUUCAAGAAAACUAGUGAAGUGCUUGUGGCAUCUAAUAAACUUCUGACUCUAUUUCUAUUAAUCCCGCUCUUGAAAAAUCGUCAAAAUUACCAGGACUAAAAAUGAGUGAAAAAGAAUGAAAAUGACGAGGAAAAAAGUUUCCAUUUGAUAAUGUUUUAAUGCAAAUGUUAUGAUUGAUCAAUUAUUCUAAUUUGUUAAGUUUUAUUUAUUGAUUAUUUUCUUUCUUCAAACUUAGGCUGUGAUAUUUGAAAUGUAGCAUAAAUUGUUAGAUUGGUAUGUGUAGUGUGUAAUUCAAAUAUUACCUACUAAAUGAGCUGCGAUUCAUGUUAAAUUUCAACUGAUUGUACAUUUGUUUGUCCUUUAAAAUAACUUUACUUUUUACUAUAUUCAUUUUUUACUUAGUUUUUACUUACCAACCUGUUUUUUUUUCCUCCUUUUUUUUGUAGCCCGAAAAUUUUAAAAGUUCAUGAGCCUUUGUAUGUUUGUCUUAAAAAAUGAAGGUUUAUGGUCACUCCUCAUAUUUUGUGAAUCCUUUUUUUCCCCCUUCAUUUUGUGUCGUGCACUCGGUUUUUAGCUUUUUUUUUUAAAAAAAAAAAUAUCACGACAGUAUCUGUAAGACAAGUAUCUACUCUUUGAAACCACAUUAAAUGAAAAGUACCACCCUACUUAAUACUUAAAAAUCUACCUAAACAAAUCAAAGCAGAUCUAUUUGAAAACUAGGAUUAGAGGGUUAAUGUUACUCUUCAUCUUUUGUUACUAAUUACUAAUUAGCGAGUAUUGCUCUCCAAAAUGUGCAAUUAAUUAUUUAAUGAUAUUUAUUAGGUAUUGACUGUUAGUGGUGUGUGAAUUUUCUAGAUAAUCUGUAUGACUUAGUGAAAUGGUUUACCAACCGAAAGGUAUUAAAAUGCAUGAAGAAACCUCACAAGUUUCUUUUAGUUUCAUUAAAUUCAAGUCCUCUCGUUCAAUUUGAAAGCCAAUUUGUAUUUUGAGAGGCAUGUAAGAUUGUAGCAAAUGUUCCAUUUUCCUUUGGACCUUAUAGUUUUUGUGCACCUCCUUUAAUCUUAUGACGUUCAUGUUGGAACCCCAUUGUUCUGAAUAAAAAACUGUUGUGAACAAUUCAAAUUUCUUCUGUCAUUUUUCUUGUAUUUCAACUUCUGCAAAUCCACCAUUUGUCAAUUUCAAAGUGAGCGGGUGCUAAAGUGUCGCAGCUGAAUAUGAAACAAAUACGAAUUGUGUAGAGCAUAAGCAUGUUUGUAAACAUUUGAAGCUGUCUUUCCUGAAAAAUUUGUUGCCAAUCUCACAUUUAUAGCUGGAAAGAAAGCAGUUUCUCUUCCUGUUUCAAUUUUAAGCAAAUUAAAAGUAAAAUAUUAGUAAAUAUUUAAUCGGAAAUUAACAAGGAAACAGUUCUGGUCAAUAAAUAGAUAUUCUUGAUUUUCAAAUGUAAAUUGGAGGUGGGUUGACCUCUCCUAAACUCAUGCGGUUGAACCCAUUUCUUAAACUGCAAGUUCACACAGCUUUUAGCUUACCUUUUGUUUUACUCAAAUAACUUGAAAAAAGGGAAAAGUGAAAGGACCAUUUGAGAAUCUGUAUGUUUUCUUUAAUUUUCUCAAUUUUGAGGGAAUACUUUGAACUGGCGCAGAUUAUUAAGGCUAUCAAUCAAUAUUAUUUUGAAGAAAAAAAUAUCUUUCCUUUUUAUUUUGUCCCUGCUAGAUAUGACACUGGGUCACUUGAAUUCUCACAAUCUAUCAGUGAAAUAGAGAGAAACGGUUGAAUCUGUUUUACUCGACGAUGAAAUGUCUUUUCCCAUUAGGUCCCAAUUUUUCUGUGAAAAAUAUCUCCAAGAACAGAAGGAAGCGUUGUACCUCAAAGGUUCCUAGAGAAAUCAAUUGAAAUGUUCAGCGUGCAAACUGCAGUCAUGGUGUCAGUGUGUAUGCUGCAUACUUUGUGAUCUAAACUGCAUUCAUAGAGUGUUAUGUAAAGACAUAAAAAAUAAUUUACUGGCAUCUUCAGGGUGUAAGCUGGUGAUGAAAAAUGCUACAGCUUGCUCUGAAACUGCGCCUCUCAGGAUUAUCAGAGAGAACUUGGUUAAUGUUUAUUGCGUGCAUAGAUUGAAUCAAAUGCUCUAAAGAAUGGACAGAGUUCAGGCUUAAUAGCAGCAGUUUUAGAAUUGUAUAAUGGAGAGUGUAGCCUUUGUUUGAAGCAUUUGCUGAACUGGUAUCUGCGUAUUUGAGCGAAGCACUUCUGUUGUAUUACACCAAGUAGUUUAAGCGUCACCACUCUGGAGCUACAUCUAUGGCUAGUUUUUGCAAUGGCCUUUUGAGUUGUACAGUGAUUGAACAGUCGUAAUCAGCCCAUGGUGUUACUUCAACUGCGCCAGCUCAUGUUACACCUGCUUUUCAAAGUCAAGUAUUCUCAAAAUAAUUAUUUUGGCAGCAUCACACCUUAUCACAUUCAAAAACCAGUUAAGAAAAAUUUGAAUUCAUUACUUUCUAAAAUUGUGACUUCUCCGACUCAAAGAUCUUGUAUGUGUUCUAAUUUGAUUCAAACACAACUUCGUUCCUGAAUUUCUCAAAUGCUGGCAAUAAACUGCUUGAAUUAAAUGAAAGUAAUGAACUACAUAAAAAACUUUUUCUUUAUACUUAUGUAAAAUGACCAGUCGUAGGUUGCUAGAUCUGGAGCCAUCUUAGCUGGACCUCUAUAAAUCUGACCUCUUUGAAUAAAUUUCUGAAACUUUAGUUUUGUUGCAAUUUGUUUCGAUGGCUCAAGGAAAAAUUUUCUAAGGCCUCUUUAUCAUUCACUCCUGUGUCCCUUCUUUGCAUUCCUGUUUUAACCAUACUUAAUGUUUAACAUUGAAAUCCAUCAUUGUGGACGUAUUUGUUCAUUACAAGGCUGCAAAGGUUAUUUCUAUUCUUGUAGGCUCUACAGUCUUGUAAUUUUUACGCUUAAUAUUGAUUAUGCAGCUCAUUUCCUCAAAUUCAAGUGUAUAAAUGUUCGUGCUGCUUUAAUGCUUUGACCAUCGAGAGGGGAGGAAAGAAUCCUUGUCAAAUUAUUUACCAUUUCAUGAUGCAAAGAUCUGUUUUUGUGAAACCUGUAGGUAGUGAAUAUUUUAAUUGUAAAAAUUGAAAGGUAUCAUCAUGCUCUAAUUCUCCCUAAGAUCGUUCGGAAUUGGAUUUGGUUACGCAUGGAGAAAAUUAUUUUUAUUCAUCUAAGUCGGUCCAGCUUUUCAAAAUCCAAAAUUUAGCUUCUCUCAAUUCUUUCCUCAUCAUUUUCAAUGCAAGCAUAUUCUAACCUCUCUCAGAGCCAGAUCAAGAAUAUUGGCGGUCUCUUGCAAGCCAGUGUUCUAACUUGAGAAUUUGGGGAGAUGAUCACAGAAAUUAUUUUGAAUCCUUGUUAUCAUAAAAUUUGUAAUCAGAGUAAUUUAUUGAAAGCUUCGGUUUGCUCAUUUUCUUAUUUUGUUGCUACCAUUGCAACUUUUGGGGAAAAUUCAGGUUGAACAAUUUUUGCCAGGGUAAGGUUGAACAUUUCUAUUAAAAUGUUCAAUAUUCACUGAAAAUUUUUUUAUCAGGGUUGUUUCACACUUUUGAAAGAUUUAGAACCAAAGAAUUUAUUUAUCAAAGAAAAAUAGUUUUUCUUUUGGUGAGUAUGCUCGCUAUUCCUGAGUUGUGAAUAAAAGGUUAUCAUUAUCAAGCUUCUACAAACAAGUAGCUGAAUAUUAUAACAUUAUUUCCUCUUUACCACCAUGCUCCUACCAACACGUAGUUUUAAAAUUAUUUUCUCCUCGUUCUAUUAAUGAAUACUUCUCUCAGUUCGAUUUUUUACUUUUACCUGCCAGUUUUCUCCAAUGAAUCGAUAUUGUAUUUCAAGUUAGAGAUUCCGAUUUAACAUAAAUUGUAGGCAUAAUUUUCUUACACUUUUCUUAAUACUAUGAAUUUAUUUAACUGCCAGUUUGGAUGGGUCAGUUUAACCAUGAAUUGAAUUAUCGAAUGAGAGAGCGAACUAAUUUAAGAAAAUCGAAAUGUUCAGAAAACAGAAUAACUUCCUUGUAAAAGAAAACAAAUUUUGGAUUUGAAAGAGAGCAAGCAUGGACAUUAUUGAGGACCAACCUGGAGUAGGUGCAGCAUGCUCAUUUUCUGUUUUCGUUCAUUGAGACUUUCAUUUCUGGAAUAUUUUAUAUUUUCUUACUUAGUCUCCGACUUAAACACUGUUACGCUGGCCUAAGACCCUUGAAAUCAAUAGGAAGAGCCAUCUAAGAAUUUGUUUGUUUAAAAGCUCUGAUUAAAUCCUGGCGAGAAUUGUUUAAUUAUUUAAAUGUUCGAUUUUUCUAGAAAGUGCUUGGAUUUACUUAAUGAUGAAUUAUGCGUCUAGCAUUAUUAUUGUUCCUUUAAAUUGAGAAGUUAUGUUUAAUUUUCUGCAAAAAUUAGUUUAAAUUGUUGUUUCCUUUCAAAUUGUAAAUAAUUUAUUUUCUUCUAUUAGUUCAUGAAAUGAAGAUUUGUACAUGAAAAAAUUCUAAAUUGGAAAUAUUAACAUCCUUUUUUCAGUCAUAAAAAUGCCCUUACAGAGUUCAACAAUUCACAGUGUUCGAAUGGAUUGUAUUUUAUAAGAUUUUUUUUCUUUCUUUUUUUUGUGAAAAAUGAAUGCAUAAUGUAUAUUUUUUUGGUGUAAAUAUUUUAGUUAAUUGUUAUUUUCAUAGUCUCUAAUCUAUUCAACUUUAUUAACAUGAUCUGACCUUUUAGUAAAUUAGCAAUUUAAGUUUAGUUGUCAAUAUUUUUAUGAUUUUUUUUUCUUAUUUUCAAUAAUUUGUCCAAGACCAGUUAAUUGUUACAAUGUGUUUUCUUUUUGUAUAUUUAUUUUUGUCUCACCUCUUCUUGAACUGUCUGUACUGUGUAAAAUAUAACAGUGUUUCAAAAUUA